AACCUUCAGAAGGCGCUUACACGACCUUUGUCGUUGCCUUGAAUCGUUGAGACUCCAGGCGGCCAAUCUAUAUGAAUACAAGCUGAAUCACAAUGGCGCCCCUCCCGGCCGACCACCUUUCUCCCAGCGAACUGGGCACCAAGGACUACUGGGACAGCGCCUACAGUCUCGAAUUACAGAAUCAUGCCGCACGCCCUGACGAUGAGGGCACUAUUUGGUUCUCCGACGCCUCUGCCGAAGAGCGUGUCCUUGCACACCUGGAAACUUUAUCCGACGAGAGCAUCCUCAGCAAGACCAGCACGACAUUUCUAGAUCUAGGCACCGGGAAUGGGCAUCUCCUGUUUGCCCUCAGGGAAGAUGGAUGGGAGGGCAAUAUGCUUGGGGUAGAUUACAGUGCUGCGAGUGUCGAGCUAGCGCGGCGGAUAGGAGAAGGGAGAAAAGAGGAGGGCCAGGCCGGAGUGAGGUUUGAGGAGUGGGACAUAUUGAACGAGCAGGCUGGAGGCUGGCUGGGCGAGGGCUGGGAUGUGGUAUUGGAUAAAGGCACGUUCGAUGCAAUCAGUCUCAGCGGUCAAGUCGACGAACAAGGGAGAAGGAUAUGUGAAGGAUAUCGAGUUCGUGUCGAGCCACUCAUAAAAGCAGGAGGACGGCUGGUCAUAACGAGUUGCAAUUGGACUAGCGACGAGCUAAGAGCAUGGUUUGAGGUUGAAGGGGGGCAGCUGGAGUACGAGACCAGCGUAAAGUACCCCAGCUUCACAUUUGGAGGUAAGACUGGGCAGCAGGUCUGCACACUGAGUUUCACAAGAAGAGCGGAUAGGCUUUCCUGACUACUGUCGACGUCGCAGUCGAGCAACAGCAAGCCAUUUCUUUCUCUCCCCCAUGUUCUCCAGGCCUCCGUCACGCUCGGCGCGCCACUCCCUACGCACACCGUUAGCAUCCAUCUCGUAUAUCUCCUCAAUCUCCAGACCCUCCUCUCCCACAACCUCUUCAAAGAACGGAGCUAGCUUCGCCCGUCCAGUAUGGAAACCUGCAAUCACGAAGACACGGGCAUCGGGAGAAGGCGAGAGGAAGUGCAGCAUCGAACGCGCCAGGCUGUGAUGUUCCCGCGGCAUCCAGAGGCAAUCGGCAGCUAGUACGCGG